CGCUUUGCAUUGUGGGCAUCGGCUCCUCCCCACGUGUCUGAAGAGGAGUCAACAUGCUACAAAACACCAAUGGACUUCAGCUUGAGUGUUAGCCCGAGUUAACACACACACACUGACACUCACAGACACUUUGCUAUCGCAGUAGGGCGCAGCAGCUUUCUGGGCUGCCGACACACGGAUGAGCUAGCUGAGAGCGGACGGCAAAGGGAGCAGGUUGGGUCUCUGAGAUCUACUGCCGCUACUCCCCUGUAACACCUCUUCUCCCCCCACCUCCCUCCCCACUCUGCUUCCAGCAAUAUGGCCAGUGGGGAUGACGACGACCCCAUUAUAGAAGAGAUUGACGUGUAUCUAGCCAAAAGCCUUGCAGACAAGCUCUAUCUUUUUCAGUACCCUGUUCGACCAAACACUAUGACCUACGAUGAUGUCAACCACUUAUCUGCUAAGAUCAAACCCAAGCAGCAAAGGGUGGAGCUGGAAAUGGCCAUCAACACAAUGAGUCCCAACUACUGUCGCAGCAAAGGAGAACAGAUCGCUCUCAACGUGGAUGGCACCACCUAUGACGAAAGUAACACUUACUCCGUGAAAAUGAUGGACAAACAGACCUUCUCCUCCAUCCAGGCCACCACCAACACCUCCAGAUAUGCAGCUGCUAUUUUCCGCAAAGGAGAGCUUCAUGUCACGCCUCUGCAGGGAAUCCUCCAGAUGAGACCCAGCUUCACCUACCUGGACAAAGCUGACAGCAAAACCAGAGAGAGGGAGGCGGCCAAUGAAGGUGGAGACUCCUCUCAGGAUGAAGCUGAGGAUGAGGCCAAGGCCAUCACGGUGAGGUUUGCUCGUCCGGAGUCGGAGCAGGCCCGGCAGAGGAGGAUCCAGUCCUAUGAGUUCCUCCAGAAGAAGCAGGCAGAGGAGCCCUGGAGUCACCUGCACUACCACGGUGUCAAGGAUGGGCGCUCGGAGCACGAAAGGCAGUACCUCUACUGCCAGGCGAUGGACACCACCGAGAACUCAGAGCUGGUCAAAACUCCAAAGGAGUACCUGGCCAUGCUGAUGCCUCCUCUAGCAGAAGAAAAAGUCGUGAAGCCUGUUGGUCCCAGUAACGUGCUCUCCAUGGCUCAGCUGCGCACCCUGCCGCUGGGAGACCAAGUCAAGACCCUGAUGAAGAACGUCAAGGUGAUGCCAUUUGCGAACCUCAUGGGUCUGCUGGCGUCUGGCACCGACUCCACUGCAGUGCUGCGCUGCAUCCAACAGGUGGCGCUGCUGGUUCAGGGGAACUGGGUUGUCAAGAGCGAUGUUCUGUAUCCUAAAAACAGCUGCAGUCCCCACAGUGGCGUCCCCGCUGAAGUGCUGUGUCGAGGCAGAGACUUUGUGAUGUGGAGGUUCACUCAAGAGCGCUCCGUGAUGAGGAAGGAGAUUUCAGCCGUCAUCAAGCUUCCUCCGGAGGAUGUGAAGGAGUUCCUGGAGCACAUGGCGGUGCCUCGCGUCAACCGGGGCUGGGAGUUCCUGUUGCCUAGCGAUGGAGACUUCAUUAAGAAACACCCAGAUGUGGCCCACAGGCAGCACAUGCUGUGGCUUGGCAUCCAGAGCAAGUUGGAGAAAGUCUUCAACUUCUCUAAAGAGGACUUUAUGCCAAAGAACGCUCCGCAGCCGGAGCCCGUCCAUAUCAGCGGGGAGCAACGUCUGAAGGCAGCCCAAGAUCGUGUGCGGGAAAACCAGUCUUCCCUACAGCAGGACCUGAAUGCCAAAAGACAGGGUGCCAAACCCAGCGCCCACAUCAAACAGGAGCUCGUCAUCAACAGAGAGGACGAACCGAUGGACACAACUUCCCCUCAUUCCUCCUCCUCCAUCCCUAACGGUUCCAUCAACGGUUACCCCAUCUCCAUAUCCCCCAUCUCCGAUCACACCAAUGGGAACGGAGGGAGCCCCGCCACCUCCCCUUCCCCAGAGCUGCGGGACUUUGUGUCAAAGACUUUCAGGAAGCAUUUCGUGCUGACGCUGAGUGAGCUGAAGAGGCUGUUCAACCUCCACUUGGCCUCGCUGCCGGCCGGACACAGCCUCUUCAGCUCCAUCUCUGACCGUCUGCUCCAGGACACCAUACUGCUCAGCCAAUGCAAACAGAUACUGGUGCCUUUUCCUGCUCAGAGCACAGCAGCGCCUGACGAACAGAAAGUGUUUGGUGUGUGGGAGACCGGAGACACGUUUGACAAGCACCGUCGGCUGUUGUUUGAGCUGUUCACUAAGAACUACCGGGUUAAGAGGAACAUGGUGCAAACCAGACUGGUCCAGGAGUUUGGGGACGAUGUCUCCAAGGCAGACAUCGACCGGCUGCUCAGGGAGUGCUGCUGCAGCCGCACAGGGAUGUGGUACCUCAAGGGAACCAUACAGUCCUGACACUGAGAGCACGCCCCCGUGGUCUCCAUCAGCCAAUCAAAUCCUCUCCCCAGAGCCUAGUGGGAGGGCUCUACAUGAGAGGAAGAGGAGUCAGAGACAAGAGCCAAUCACAGCUCCUCCAGCCCCCAGGGCGGGGGAUUUGGAGGACAAGGAUGUCAGCCGUCUGCUCUGCUCAGAUCAUGAAGCUUUUCUUUUCUCCACUGAAGUCGUCCUGACCUUAAUAAGCAUUCUUUUGUGAACUUGGUGGAUAGGAACAAGACGCGCUCGCUCCAGGAGCUGGAGUAUGAGAGGGGAAAAAACUGAAACAUGUACAGCUUAACGAUAGAGGAGUUUGAAUUAUGACCUGAUGUUUAAUUAUUAUUUUUCUGAUUAAACUUUUACCUUACUGAAGUUAGUGUUCACUAUUGAGAGUGCGGUUCAGAGUCAUUUAGUUUUUCUCCUGAUUUGUGACUGACAAGCAAAACAUGUAUCUAUCCAGUCACCCACAAGACCAACAUGAGUUAAGGCCUUAUGGGUAGAAUAUUUAAAAAGAAGCAAUCUUGUUUGUUUGUUUUUUUUUCACUCUUAACUUAAGCUUAUUUUUUAACCCAGUCAAAGAGAAAUAUUCUACCCUCCUCACAACACAAAAAGAAGGAAGAAUCUAUCUUAUAGGGUGCAUAACACAACAGCCUCAUUUUCAACGUGGCCAUUUGUGAAGGCUCCGUGUCAAAGUUGUGCCUGGCUCAUACGGGCUUGAUCAACAAGCCUGCGGCAGAGAGGGGGGAAAAAAGACAGAUGCCCCUAAAUGCCAGAUGCUGCUGCUCCCAUUUGUAUUGUUUAGGAACAAGCAAAAGGCUCUAAUGUUGUGAUGCCAAUGUAUUAGAAUUGAAGUAACUGAGUGAAUUGAUGUGUAUGGCAAUCAGAAUGAAAUAAAAACGAUCCCGUGCUGCUGGAACUGCUGCAUCAAAUGUAGCUCUUCCACAUUAUUAUUAUUUUUGUAUCCUAGUAAGUUUGGAGACACAUUGAAGUAUAAUACCCUUAUUUAAAA